UGUGAAGAUUGAAGAAACAUUGAGAGUCAAACAAGAAGAUACUGAAGAACAAACAGACCUCAUGCUGCUGAAAGAGGAGCGCAUAGUACCGAAUGAAACGGAGGAGGAAGAACAAUGUGACACUCAUCAUGAUUUUAAAACCAGAGAAGAAUCUUUCAAUUGGCCACAGAUUAAAGAGACUUUCUCACAGAAAACAGCUCAUAAAACAGGAACUAAAAAUUAUUUCAGUGAACAUGGAAACCUUAAGGUCCCCCUGAAAAUUUACACUGGAGGCAAGACAUUCUCCUGCCAACAGUGCCAAAAAAGUUUCAAGCAUAAAGGAGACCUAAACAGGCACAUGAGAAUCCACACUGGAGAGAAUUCUUUUACCUGCCAACAGUGUGGAGUCAGUUUCACAUAUAAAGGAAACCUUUACAGGCACAUGAAAAUUCACACUGGAGGAAAAUCUUACACCUGCCAACAGUGUGGAGUCAGUAUCACUCAUGAAAGAAACCUUAAAGAGCACAUGAGAAUUCACACUGGAGAGAAGCCUUACACCUGCCAACAAUGUGGAGCCCGUUUCACACAGAGCGGGAGCCUUAAAGAGCACAUGAGAAUUCACACUGGAGAGAAGCCUUACACCUGUCAACAGUGUGGAGUCAGUUUCACAAAUAAAGGAAACCUUUACAGGCACAUGAAAAUUCACACUGGAGGAAAAUCUUACAUCUGCCAACAGUGUGGAGUCAGUAUCACUCAUGAAAGAAACCUUAAAGAGCACAUGAGAAUUCACACUGGCGAGAAGCCUUACACCUGCCAACAGUGUGGAGCCCGUUUCACAUAUGAAGGAAAACUUAAAGAGCACAUGAGAAUUCACACUGGAGAGAAGCCUUACACCUGCCAACAGUGUGGAGUCAGUUUCACACAUAACGGGAGCCUUAAAGUGCACAUGAGAAUUCACACUGGAGAGAAGCCUUACACCUGCCAACAGUGUGGAGUCAGUUUCACAAAUAAAGGAAACCUUUACAGGCACAUGAAAAUUCACACUGGAGGGAAAUCUUACACCUGCCAACAGUGUGGAGUCAGUGUCACUCAUGAAAGAAACCUUAAAGAGCACAUGAGAAUUCAUACUGGAGAGAAGCCUUACUCCUGCCAACAGUGUGGAGUCAGUGUCACUCAUGAAAGAAACCUUAAAGACCACAUGAGAAUUCACACUGGAGAGAAGCCUUACACCUGAUAACAGUGUGGAGUCAGUUUCACACAUAAAGGAAACCUUAAAGUGCAUUUGUGAUCCUGGACUACAAAAUCAGUCAUAAGGGUAAAUUUCUAGAGACUGAGAGUUAUACAUCAAAUAAAUAAGCUUUUCAUUGAUAUAAGGUUUAUUAGGAUUGAAGAAUAUUUGGCGAAGAUACAACUUUAUGAAAAUAUGGAAUUUGAGGGUGCAAAAAUAUCUAAAUACUGAGAAAAUUGCCUUAAAAGUUGUCUAAAU